AAAAAAAAAAAAAAUUAACUAUGAUUUUUACUAUUGAUUCUGGUGAGUGGUUAACCACAUGCAGUAUUGACUAAAUUAUAUGUUUUGAAAAGUACCAUUGUCCUGUCAUAGUGAUUUUAUAUGUGAUUGUACAAGAUGAAGCAGAAAAGUUGGCUUGAUGAGACAACAAUGCAUGACCAGACUGCAAACUCAUUACAAAUGGCUGCAGGCAGGUAUGGCAAUCACCAGUUUUAUUGAUGAAAAAGAAAACAUUGGGGCUUGGAUCAUAACAGUAGAACAACACGGUAGGGUUAAUUAAUACAUGCACCAAACUGGAAGCAGCAGACGUUAAUUGAAACUUGAAUUGAAUCCAGGGCAAGGUGAAAGUGAUUUUGUAGAUAUAUACCUGUCAUCCCCCAUGAGUCAGCCUCUGCAGUCUUUUUGUCAUGAGCACAUCUCAUUAGCCACACGUCAAGGAGAUGCGCCGGUUUACCUGAAGAUUAAGAUCCACUACUUCUUGUUCCAUUUAACUCAGUUCAGUGGAGCACAGUGACUGAAUAAUGGACAAAUAUUGAUUGCAGACACCUUUACAAUAUGGGUAAUUUGAAGUCCAAAAUUUUGAAGAGGGACAAAGAAAGGCAAAAUGCUAAAAACAAAGGUAAAGAACUGGUUGAGGCUGCAGCCAAUGGACGUUUAUCAGACCUUGACAUUAUAGUCCAGGAUGAAGAAUACAAGGAUGCUGUCUGUGGCAAAGAUGGAUUCACAGCUUUACUUUUGGCUUCAUCAAAAGGUUAUGCUGACUGUGUUCUCCAUCUUCUUCAAGCUGGGGUUAACUUUAGAUAUAAUGCAGAAUGGUCAGAUAACACCCCCAUGAUCAUGGCAGCAGAGCAGGGGCAUGAGGUUUGCCUUCAAAUGUUAGUCCAGGCAGGAGCUGAUGUAAAUGAAGGGAAUAAAACAGGACAGAUGCCAUUACACCAAGCUGUGACAGCAGGAGCAUUAGAGUGUGCAGAAAUCCUCCUUAGCAAUGGUGCAGACUUGAACAGCAGAGAUGCCAAAGGAGAAAUGGCACUUCAUAUUGCUGCUAGAAAUGACUUUGAUCAAAUUGUUGAACUGUUAAUAGAUCACUAUGGAGCUGACAUAAAUGCGCAGGAUAAGGAUGGGGCCACUCCACUGCAUGCUGCGUGUGAUGCUGGGGGCUAUGAGUGUGUAGAAUUACUCCUCCAUCAUAAAGCCAAAUAUGGCAUUGUGGACAACAAUGGUACCACCCCACUGUUCCGAGCUUUAGAAGCUGGCAAGAUUAGUAUUGCCUUUCUACUGAUGAAGGAAAUAUUUGAUGUAGAACUCCCUAAUGGCUUGCAAGUGUGUGAAAAUCCCUUUGGGGUUCUAUUUCACAUCAUAGAACAUGUCCUGAAAACACAAUUUUCAGACGAACUCCAUGUUAUCUUGAACCAUCUUCUUUUCUACCACGAAAUAGAUCCGGAGUCAUUACGCUGCAUCAUUGUCCCGGUCAUAAAAUCCAUAGAUGUUACAGCCCUUAAUCACUUCUACUCAGAUAGCUGGCCCAAAAUAUUUUGCAGCCUUGUCAUAAACAGAUUCUUUUUCAUCAUCAAAACUCUGACAGUGGCUGGACAGGAGUGGCUGGGCCAGGAGAUGCACUUUCUGCAGAGUAACAGUCCUGGGUUAUACCGCUGGGUGCUGGCACACCAGGAAGGCAUCCCCAGUCUCCAACACCUCACCCGUCUUCACAUUCGCAGGCAACUGGGCUGUAACAUAGGCUUUGGUGUGACAAAACUCCCACUGGAGCAGCACCUUAGAGACUACAUCAUGUUGAAAGAAUGUGAUAUGUUCUGAUAUUUUAAACAUAAAAUUGGACUCUUAGUGACAAGGCUAGCUGGGUCUGGACUAGCUCGUUUUUAACUGUUGUGCUGCCUUCUGUACAUUGUCAAAAGAUUUUAAGUGCUUUACUUUGCUUAACUUUGAUUUGAGGUACUGUCUCUUAAGCAUUGGAGUGAAACAAUUGCAUUUUGUAUCCAUAACAAAAUUCAGGGUUCAUAUUAAAAGAUGCAUACAAAGUAAAUUUUUUGUCACAAAAACCGACCAGAUGUCAGCAUACAGUUUCAAGUCGUAUAAUUUUACCCAAAAAUGA